AUGUGGAUGGGAGAUAUUGAUGCAAAGUUGCAUGCCAAGACUGAAGACCUACACUCCUACAGGCUGAAGCCAUUCCAAUCAGUAAAUUCUGGAGCUACUCAAACCAUCAUAGUAUACUAUGUUCAGGACCUACUCAAAACUUCCAAGGACCAGGGCAACACAGCUCCAAAGCUGACAUAUAGAAGUACCUGUAACCAAGAAGAAAGUGUCCUACACAGCCUGGAAUGCCGCAACCUCUACGGCCUCCGCGACGUUGACAGGCGCCUCAACCAUAUGCAGCCGACCGCGCUCGUGAGGUCGCAGGUGUCACCUCAUGCCACGCCAUGCUGCAGGAGUGAGAGGGGAGAGGGGCGCAGGAGGAGGAUGACGGUGACAGCAUACCAGGCUGCAUUUUGCCUCAUCUGCAAAGUAUGUGAUAUGGAAGACCAAGAACUUGAUCUGUUGUAUGUAAAGAAGAGGGAUCAAUUGAAAGAAGUAGUUGCAUCCAUGAUAAAACCGAAAAUUGUGCAGGGUAGAACUCUGAAUGGGACAGAGUUUGUAUCCUUCCUAGGGCAGGUGUACAAUGAAAGAAUGGGCAGAGCAGGUCUACCAGUGUCAGUGGAUAAACUUCAGCAGUUUCAUGACCUGGCAAAAGAUGAAGCUAGAAGGCUUUUCAACAAGCAGCAUUUCGGUAAACAUCAUGCUGCUCAGUCCAUCUUCAAGCUUGAUGAAGAAAUUAAAAAGGUCUACAGAAACUUCGGUCAAGCUAAUGAGUAUCAGUCAUCAAAGCUGUGCAAAGCACGGUUCUCAGAGUGCGAAGAUAAAAUGGAACACCUUCAAGUCUUGAAGCUUCCAUCCAUGGCAAAAUUUGAUGCCGGAUUUCUUCUCUGCAAUCAAAGUUUUGAAAUGGAUUGCGUAGGGCCAGCCAAGGAAAGCUAUCAACGCCGAAUGUCAAAGAUGCUGGCAAGGUCCCGUGCUCUUUUCAUCAAGGAGUACAACAACAAACUCUUCAACUGGCUGGUCAUAUUCUCCCUGGUCAUGGUUGUCAUUGGACGCUUCUUGAUCAAGUUCUUCCUGCUUGAAGUUGCUGCGUGGGUGCUGCUUGCCUUCCUGGAGACAUAUACGAGGCUGUUCUGGUCAUAA